AUGGGUGUGAAGAAUGAAUAUGAGGGUGUUAAUGAGCAUGGUUGUGAAAAUGAAUAUGAGGUUGUGGGUGAGUAUGAUGAGAAGAAUGAAUAUGAUGCUGUGGGUGAGGUGGUUCAUAUCACUGUGCUAGCCGAUGAAUAUACGGCGAUAGAGAAACCGGUGAGGGUAGAGUACCAAUGUUACCGCAGUGAACCAGAUAAAGAUGCCACAUUGUCUUUUGGACGAUCUGCACCCAUAACAACGGAUAGAUCGCCACCACCGGAAAGGACUCACUCACAAUAUGAUGAGAUAUUGUUGGUCCGAUUCUCUGAUCAUGGGAGUACUUGGCAUACAGACGGUUUUGGUCCCUUCUACUGUGAAGCUACGAAGAAUGGUCGAGAUGUAACAAGGGUCUCUACAUUUUUCCAGAGAAGUGAUGCUAAAUUCAUACCAAGUGAUGGAGUGUUUACGAAGACAGUCAAUGUGAAUGACACAGGAGUAGUGAUCUCAAUGACUAAUCGAUACCAACCUGAUGAUAAUGUGAUUACAUGGAGGAAAGAUGGUGGUGUUGUUCUUACACAAUAUGAGGGACAGACCAAUAUCAACUUCCCAAACCCAAUCCAGAUAUCAGACCAAGGGAUCUUUGAGAUCUACUAUGAUGGCGAGAGAAGUCAGAACAGAGGAGGAAUCCACAGACUUAUUGUCAGAGAGUGUCCUGCUGGUAGAUGGGGUCCAUCUGAAUGCUAUGGCAUCUGUGACAAAUGCUAUAACGGUGGGAUUUGUGACGACAAGUCUGGUCUGUGUAUAUGUCCUAACAAUUUCAUGGGCGAUAAUUGUUGCAGUAUUUGCAGGAAUAACGGUGGGAAUAGAUUUGGGUACGGGUGCGAAUAUAGAUGCUCCUAUGAUUUUGACGGUUCUGCUCAAUGUCGAGGAAGUCUUUUCUGCCUACCUGAUCCUUAUGGAUGUUCAUGUGAUGUUGGGUCUCGUGGUCUUGCGUGCGACAGCGCUUUGCAAAACCAGCAUGUGUAA